UUGAAAUUGAUGGUUAACGAAAGAACCGAACAAUUGAACCGGGACCCUGACACUAGCAAAACCGCCUUGAGCUAGUUUUAUAUAAUAGAGACUGGGGGUAACGCUUAUGACUCUGUAGUCAGUUCUACUGAGUCUGCGUUUGCUUCUUCUUCUAGAUCUGAUCGCUAAUUUCACCCCCAAGGUUUGAAAAGUCUAUCACUUUAUUAUACAAAAUGGGUCGUGGAAACAGCUGUGGUGGAGGUCAGAGCUCACUCAAUUAUCUCUUUGGUGGCGGUGAUGCUCCUCCUCCUCCUCCUAAGCCCGCUCCAGCUCCUCCUGCUGAGCCAGCCAACAGGACUGCUGCACCUGCACCAGCUCCGGCAGCUGUGAGUGCAACAGCAGCUACUACUACUGUUGAGCCUGCUAAGAUCAACAAGGAGAUCCCUGCUGGUAUCAAAACUCCUGUCAACAACUAUGCCCGUGCUGAAGGACAAAACACCGGCAACUUCAUCACUGACCGACCUUCCACCAAGGUUCAUGCAGCUCCUGGAGGUGGAUCAUCUCUUGAUUAUCUCUUCACUGGUGGCAAGUAAAACAGAACUUUGUGUGUGUAAUGCAAAUUCGUUCCAUCCAUUGUGUCUCUGCUCUCUAUUUAAAACUGUUUGAUGUGAACCUCUACAUGAUAAGAAGUCGGUUUCUUGUCAACCCUUAUCUUAAUCGUUUAUCUUCUAAUAUUCUGCUGAAAGUGUUCAUAUCAUUUGCAACAAAGACA